AUGGCAACUACCGACUCACAGCCAGAUUUUAGAUUAGCAAGAGCACAUGGUACUGCCAUGGUAUCUUCUUGGGUGGUUUUUGCUUCAACAGGGAUUUUAUAUGUACGUUAUGACCGUUCAGUACAUUUUAAUAAGAAGAAAAGAUACUCGAUGAAGAUAUUUGGUUUCAAAUACAUCUAUUUAGUCUUACACUAGCCGUCAUUGGAACAUUGCUCGGUUUCUUUCUCGUUUUGGAAAAACUCAAAGGUCAAUGGGUAGAUCAGAAUGAAGUUGGAAAUCAUAUGUUUGCUCAUUCAAUAUUGGGUGAGAUUAUGGUAUGUAGUACACUUAUUCUGGCAUGGAUAGCAUUAUUUCGUUUUAUUUUCAACUGGAUUUAUCGAACCACUGGCAUGCUAGCUAGGGGCGUAACCAGAAAAAAAGCUGUAGAGGG